AUGUCUUCCAAAAAACUUUUUCAUCAGUUGUCAUAUGAUUUGACAAAACUGUACUCGGAUUUGAAUUUUUGCGAUGUGACGGUUGAAAUAGGAAAAUCACCAAACUUGAAGAUUAUCAAAGCUCAUUCGGCAAUCUUGUAUUAUCGAUCACCUUACUUUCGUCGCGAGUUGUCAAAGCCAGACUUUAACAAUAUGCAUAAAAAGUUCAAAUUCAAUAUUGCUGUGGAGAUUAUCGAACCUUUGAUCAAGUAUAUAUACGAUGGCACAAUUUUAUUGGAUAACAAGAAUGCGUCCGAGAUCUUUCACUUGCUGUCGGCGGCCGAGAAAUUAUGUCUUCGUGAGCUCGUGAGUUAUCUGCAACAGCAUUUACUCGAUCAUCAUACCGAAUGGCUAAAACGCCACUUCAAAUCGGUUCGUCGUGCAAGUUUUCGUAAUGACGCAUUCCAAGAUCUACAACGUUAUUGUACAGACAUGAUGUUAAACAAUCCAGAUAUAGCGUUUCGCGCGAUUGAUUUUAGAAAAAUCACGGAACAAGCUUUAGUCUCAUUGCUUGAACGAAAUGAUUUUAGAAUGGAGGAAGUUCAAAUUUGGGAAAAUGUCAUCGAUUGGGGAAUUGCUCAGAAUCCAGCAUUGUCAUCUGAUCCAUCGAACUGGUCCGCGGAGAACUAUAACGAACUAAGAUCAAGUCUUCAACGAUUCUUGCCGUUGAUUAGAUUUCAAGAAAUGACGUGUCAACAGUUUUUCGAAAAGGUACAACCGCUGAGUAAAUUACUAGAUCCGAAAGUUUAUGAAGAUUUAGAAAAGUAUUUCACGCUGUCAACUGAAGACAUGCCAGUUUCCCCGUUGAUCUUGUCCACACGUCGUUCUUCUAUAAAUUCACUAAUACUCACCGAUAAGCACGUAGCAUUGAUCUCCAUCUGGAUUCGUCAAUCCGAAUCCAAUCUCUCCACAUCUCCAGCCGCGUCGAAAAGUCACGAGAACAGUGAGAAUCGAUGCGAACUAAAAUUGUUACUUCGGGGAACUCGUGAUGGAUUUUCACCUUCAGUUUUUCACCAGCUAUGUGAUAGCGCGGCACAUACCAUCGUAGUGUUCAAAGUUAAAGACACCGGAGAAUUGCUGGGUGGGUAUAAUCCUAUAAAAUGGAAGUCGGCGCGAGGGUGGGGACAAGCAUCCAAUAGCUUCAUAUUUUCGUUGGGUGAUGAUAACAUCAAGAAUUCAAUUAUAAGUCGAGUUAAAAGAAAGAAUAUGGCGUUAAACUAUGAAUAUUCACUUGGUCCCUCUUUUGGUAAUGAUGACAUCACCAUCAACGGACAAGAUUUCAGAGAAGAGACGAAAUGUUAUUCCGAAAAUCAUUGUUACGAAAGGCCGAUUAGAAAACACAGUGGAUAUUUUUCAUUGGAGGAGUAUGAGGUGUUUCAAGUGAAUAAGAUUUAA